CACUGUGAAAACCUCAAAUCCUACAUACAAAGGAUGCAUUUAAUAAAAAUGUGUUCUCCAAACAGAAGUACUGUUGCGAAAGUUUAUCAGAAUAGAUAAGCCAAACAAUGCUGCACAAAUAAUGCUCUUGACUUUUAUCAAAAGCAGUCACAAGAUCUUUAAAAUAAACAAACAAACAAACUUGUAAGUGGCAAUAGAACACAAACAUAUCAUGUCCUGUAUUACAUUUAAAAUUUCAAAAUGAAAGAAAUAGAAAAAAGGAGACAAGAAUUUGAAAUUGGCAAAGAAUAUAUGUAAACAGCGUUUUUUUUUUAUAAUUAAGUUAUCAUAUACCAGUGUUUUUCAUACUGUGGUUUGAUGAAGAAGCAUUAGCCCAUACUUUGAGUUUCCACUUAGUGCCAAGGUUAAGUAUAUGUAAAGUUAUACCUGAAGUCCCCCAUAUGCCUGUCAUGAACAAACAUACUGACAUGGUUGCUCAAAGUAAUGUAUCAAUUACUGCAUUAAAAAGUACUGUGUACAAGUAGGGACGAUGGUACUUCCCAAAAUCUGGUUACAUUUAACUCAUUUUUAUCACUUGUGAAACAGCCAGUUGCUAUACUGAGUAGCUGAUGUCAAGAGCAGACAUUUGAUUAAAUAUGCCAUUAACUACUGGACACUCACGCAAUGUAGCAAACACACUCUUUACACACACGCGCUUUGUAACAAUGGAAAUAUUUGUUAUCUGCAUGGAAGCACAGAUCCAUUAAAAGGUCAACAUGAUAAGAUAGACUCACAGCAUACAAAAAAAUAUAAUCAAGGUUUCGUACAACAGUGAACUAAGAUGCAAUGUGAUAAAUUUGAAGUUUCAUUGUAUAGUAAAUCAUCUGAUCAGCAGUGUCUGCCGAUGGCAGAGACCAAAGAAGAUGCAGCUUCUCAAGUGCCGGUGGAGGAGAGAAGGCGACAGAGAUGUCACUGGUGGGAUUUUAUUACAGUGGAGCCAGUGAUGUUCCUGUAUAUGAUGGCAUUUAUGCUCACGUCAGUUAUAGAACAAAGUUUCUUCGUGGACAAAGCCUGCCGCGUCAAUCUGAAUUUCUCUGACACAAUUUGCUCCAACCUCACAAACAAGCAGUACAUGGACUACAACAAGCAAGUUCAAGUCAUAGUGUCUGAUUUUCACCAGUACAAUAAUGUGGCUACACACGCCAUCCCCUUGGUGCUGGCCCUCUUUCUGGGUGCAUGGAGUGAUCGUCGUGGGCGCAAAUUGCCACUACUUCUGGGAUUAGUUGGCAAACUCUAUUAUUCUGUCAUGAUUAUUGUUAAUGCGUUGCAAGACACGUGGUCCCUUGAGGUGGUUUUGUUAUCAGCUUCUCUGCCAUCUUCUCUAACUGGAGCAGACUUGGCAAUAUUUGCUGCAUUGUUCACUUAUGUGGCUGAUGUAACAACAGUGCAAGAUCGUACAUUUAGAGUGACAAUGCUCGACAUCACAUAUCUCUUAACAAUGCCGACUGGUGUUGCACUGGGGAAAUACUUGUGGAGUUCUGUUGCUGGAUAUUCUUAUCCAAUCAUGUUUGGCAUCAAUUCAUCCUUGCUGUUUGUUGCAAUUCUGUACGCGCUGUGGCAGCUUAAGUGGAGGACAACCGAGAGCCAGCAGCCAAUACCAAGGAACUAUUUUGGUGACUUCUUUGACUGUGAUCAUGUGGUGCAAUCAGUGAAAGUUGUGGUGAGGAAGCGACCAGGGAACAGAAGAGUGUACUUGGUGAUACUAUUCAUUGCCAUGGCUCUCUACACAUUCCAGCGAGAUGAGAAGCCAAUGUCGUACCUCUACACCCAGCUACAGUUCCAAUGGACAGCUGAAACGUACAGUGACUACAGGACUUUCCAAAAUGCAUCAUAUGUUGUUGGCACAAUCCUAGGUAUUCAUGUAAUGGGGAAACUCAUGAAAAUGAGAGACACGACAAUGGUAAUGGUGGGAUCAAUAGCACAUGCUGUAACCAGGGUAGUGUUUGCUGUUGCCCAAGUUCCAUGGUUAUUUUAUGUUGGUGGCACUAUAGUGGCUCUCGGACCCAUUGUUGCACCAGUACUCAGAUCCAUGACAUCCAAGGUUGUUCCACUGUCAGAACGAGGAAAAGUAUUUGCAAUCCUCGCUGCAGCAGACAAUGCAGUGCCUCUAUUCUCAGGCAUCUUGUAUACUCAGGUGUAUAAUGCCACUAUCAGCACUGCUCCUGCUACAAUCUUCUGGGUUACAUUUGCCAGCCAGAUGUGCGUCUUUUUCCUCAUCUUGUGCAUACACAUGUCUCUCCAUGGAGGAAGCCUGGAGGACACUUUUGUUCAUCCACUCAGCUACAGCAAUGAUCCCAGAGAUAGUGGAUGACUGUUAUAAGAAAAUGUCUACCUUCUAUUUAAACAUACAAAAUAUCACAAUUUUGUACCAAUACGAAAACUGAUAAAGUGCUAUUAGAUA